AGGAGGCUCAAGAGGCACGUGACCCUCCCACGCUGAUGCUGGUCCGCGGCAGCCGCGCCCGCCGGUUGUGCUGGGCCUCGCCUCCGAGGCGCCCCCUGCCCCUCCCCCAGGCUCCGGGCGACGCAGCGGUCCUCGGUCCUGCUCGGCCACGUGUGGAGGGGGUUCGUCGGACGGGGCUAUGGCACGGGGAUACACUUGCCCCGGAGCGUUCUGAUCGCCGGCGCGCGCCGCUGGCACGUGCGCGGGCGGGGGGACGACGCACGCUGUGAUGUUUGACGAGGUCCGAUGCUUUGUUUGUUCUUGCGUGGAGCAGCAGGGCGGAACGCUUGCCAGCGUUGACCGUCUUGAGCCUUUGCGGUCGUGGGUCUGACCGAUGGGCUCGCAGCUGGCACGCUGCGCUGGCAGACGGGGCGAGGGGACGCUGGAUGAGACAGCUGGUGCUUUGACCUGUCUGACCUGGAACGUUGCAGCCGUCAACAACAAUCCCUUCGAGUAUUGGGUCUCGCACGACGACCCAGCCUACCUGAGGUUGAUGAACGACGUGCAGGAGUUCAUCGAUAGUCCCUCUAACGACCAGGACGUUGAGGUCAGAUCAGUGUUUCCAGACGCGUUGUUUGAAGAGCUUGCCAGCAUGAUGAGCGCCGAAGGCUGGGGCGGGAUCGAGGAGACAAGGAAGCUCUGGAGAGAUGAUUUUCGAGCGGAAGAUCAUGUCAGGAUUUCUGAAGGACAAGCAGCUCGGCGCGAAGCGCCUAGCCUCGAUGCCCGACCGGCUGACGAACACCGUCAACCUCUUCGGCGGCGGCGUUUCUUGCCGCCCGACUGUCAUCAACAAUUAUGAGCCGCCUUUGCCAGACAUCGCCACUUGGUGGGAGGCUUGGAAGUCGUGGAUGUUCUCUCUUGAGCUGGAAGUUCCUGCCAAGGGUGGAGGAUCCAAGAAGGCGAGGCCAUGCAGCAUGCUUGAGACAAUCCCUCGUGCGAAGUACCCUGCCCUCACAGAGAGCGAGGAAGCGAUAAGCGUGCCACUGCAGACGCUCUGCUGCGCCAUCUUCGAUGCCGUCCUGGUGCACAUGCUGAACUCGGUGGGCCCAGAUACGUGGCAUGGCGUCAAGCUGUCGCUCUGCAAGGCGCUUUCUACCAACAAAGUGGCGCUCACCCUCAGCAUCCUCGAGCACUACAGCGACUGCGACAUCGUAUUCCUCCAGGAGUGCUCCGCGGCCUUUGCGGAGACCGUGGCGGCAACCUCCGCGCUGGAGGAGGCGUUCCACGUCCUGAAGCCCGCCGCCCUGGACCACAAGCGCGACCAGAAUAGCUUGAUCCUGCUAGCAAAAGGGCGCUUUGACGGUGCCGGGGCGGAGGAGGUCACGGGCGCGAUCGAGGCGAGGAUGAAGGAGGAGGGCAGCGUGACGCUCGCCAAGGGCGACCUCUGCGCCUACAUCGUGCCCCCAGCUGCCAGCCCGGUGUCCGAGGCGGGCAGCUGGCUGCUGUGCUCCUUCCACGGGGACACCGACGGGCUGGCCAGCGUACCCCUGGUCACCGCGGCCGCCGCCGUGCGGGCCGCCCGCGGCGGGGCGGACGCCCUCCGCCUCGUGAUAGGCCUGGAUGCGAACGCGCACUGCGCCGGGGUCCCCGGCAAGAAGCUGGGCGCCGCGGAGAGUUCGUGGGGGCCUGCGCGGGGCUGGGCCUGGCGGACUGCUGGGAGGGGCGCUGCGCCGAGGCGCCCGCGGAGUGCUGCACGACCUUCAACGCCAGGACGGGACGUACCUGCAGCCGCAGCUCAACAAGGCAGUCAGCCGCACGGCGGCGGCCACCGACCCCAGCACGGACAGGCACCCCAAGGACUAAGACUACAUCUUGUUCGACGGCGCGCAGCUGGAGACCACCUGCGCGCCCCUCCGCGACAACCAGGGGACGCGCGGGAAGUUCGACCCGGACGCGCCCUUUCCGACCCUGAGAUUCCCCUCGGACCACGCCGCGCUGCUGACGCACCUGCGCCCCAGACUCGCCGAGCCGCCCGCCGCGCCCGCGCACAACGUGCCGAUGUAGAUCGUUUCGCCCCGCGCACCACGGCCACAGACACCUCUCGGACGAACAUCGCUAUGGGCCCGAUUCGCCGGGCGGCGGCGGGCCGACCGGCGCAGGCGGCCGCGCCUCGCCGCGCCCCGCCGCCGCGGCGGCGGGAGCCCCGCCGGAGGCCUGCGCGGGGGCGCGCCCCCGCGCGAGGCGCGGCGCCCCGGAGGGGUGGGCCCCGGCCAGCGCCCCUCGCGCGGCCUCGGCCAGCUGCUCAAGAAUAGUCAAGAUAGGAAUAGUCAAGCUAGGAAUAGUCAAGAGUAGUCAAGAAUAGUCGAGUUAGUCAGGAUAGUAGAGCUCGGCCUGGGAAUAGUCUGGAACAGGGGUUGGUUGGUGCGUUCUGUGCGCGCGUUGCCAUCAGCCGUGCUUGCGGUAGGCAGUUCCUGCCAGGCAGGGCACAACAAGGAGCCAGGUUGAACAAAAAGGCUUCGGCAGGCAGUGGAGGACGAGGUUUCUUGUGGUCGAGCCCCUACCGUAGCCGCUCCAGCGCCCCACCGGUUAGGCAACUGGGGCGCCUCAUGCCCCGAGCGCCCUGGCCCAGCAGACGACGUGGCGUAUGCACCGGGCCCCACGCAGACGCGCCAGCGCGGCCUCGGCUGCGAGAGCGCGGCGCUGAGCCAGGAGCGGCCAGGCAUCGGAGCUCCUGGAGAGGCGGCGCCGCUGGGAGACGCACCAGAAA